AUACUGUACAACCCCACCCCAGCUCAGCACCAUUCAGAAUCCGUCCACAAUGCCCGCCCACCAAAUCAUCGACAACCCCGCCGCCCCAGGCCUAUCCUACUACACCCCGGCGCAAUCCCCCCUCGCAGGAACCCACCUCUCCGGCGCCCCCACAAAACUCUUCACCCCGCUAACCCUGCGCUCCCUCCCCCUCCCCAACCGCCUCUUCCUCUCCCCGCUGUGCCAAUACUCCGCGCGCGACGGCCACGCCACAGACUGGCACCUGACACACCUGGGCGGAAUCAUCCAGCGCGGUCCGGGGCUCGCGAUAAUGGAAUCGACGGCCGUUCAGGCGCUCGGCCGAAUCACGCCGCAGGAUCUGGGUCUGUACAGCGACGCCCAGAUCGCGCCGCUGGCGCGCAUUACGGAGUUUGCGCGCGGCCAGGGGCAAAAGAUUGCCAUCCAGCUUGCGCACGCGGGGAGGAAGGCGAGUGCGGUUGCGCCGUGGUUGAGUGCGAAUGCGAUGGCGGUAGCGGAGGUUGGCGGGUGGCCUGGGGAGAUUGUUGCGCCGUCGGCGGUGCCCUUUGAGGAAGGGGUUAAUGCCGUUCCGAGGGCGUUGAGUGCUGAGGAGAUUGGAGAGUUGACUGGGGACUUUGCGAGGGCGGCGGAGCGGGCUGUGCGCGCGGGGUUCGACGCGAUUGAGUUGCAUGCUGCGCAUGGGUAUUUGCUGCAUCAGUUUCUGAGCCCCGUGAGUAAUCGGCGGACGGAUGGGUAUGGGGGGACCUUUGAGAAUCGGGUUCGGUUGCUCCUGGAGGUCUGCGAUGCGGUUCGCGAGGUGGUUCCAGUUGGGAUGCCGCUGUUGGUCCGCGUCAGUGCGACAGACUGGUUCGAAUUUGAUGAGAAGCUCCAGGAGGAGUUUCCAGAGAGCUGGACUGUCGCUCAGACUGUGCAACUCGCCUCACUUCUCGCUGACCACGGCGUCGACCUGUUGGACGUCAGCUCCGGCGGCAUCAACCCAAAAUCAGCCAUCGCGAUCCGCUCGGGCCCGGCAUACCAGGCACAUUUCGCGCAGGAGAUCAAGAAGGCUGUUGGGGACAGGUUACUUGUCUCGGCGGUGGGUGGUAUCAAGACGGGGGCUUUGGCUGAGGAGGUGCUGCAGUCGGGUGUGGACGUCGUGCUUGCGGGACGGUGGUUCCAGCAGAAUCCAGGGUUGGUUCGGGCGUUUGCGGAUGAGUUGGGCGUGAGAGUACGGAUGGCAAGGCAGAUUGAUUGGAGUUUUGAUGGGAGGGGGAAGAAGGGGAAGGAGAGCUCGCUGUAAGUAGCCAUGGAGCUAUUGGCGGCUGUUGACUCCUCUUGUCGGCUAGAGUAUACCUACCUUGAACAAAUCUAAGCACACCAGUUCACACUGGGUGUCAUGGCACCUUUUGAGCCUACUGGGCCAAUGCAAAACCUCCGUACGCGGCUAUUCGUUGGGUAGAACAAAGUUGCCC